AUGUUUGUAGGAGUUGGUGGGUAUUCAUAUCUCUUGGAGCCUCUAUGGUGGUUGGGCAUGGUCACAAUGAUUGUAGGAGAAGUUGCAAACUUUGUGGCGUAUGCGUUUGCCCCUGCGGUUCUUGUUACACCUCUUGGUGCAUUAAGUAUUAUUGUCAGUGCUGUAUUGGCUCACUUUAUAUUGAAGGAGAAGUUACAUCCGCUAGGGAUUUUGGGCUGCGUUAUGUGCAUUAUGGGAUCUGUCAUUAUUGUUAUCCAUGCGCCACAGGAGCGUCCUAUCACUUCUGUUCAAGAAAUAUGGAGUAUGGCAACUCAGCAAGGUUAG